AUGUCGUAUAUCUCAAAAGGGGUAAAAGUCCUGAUCCGCAUACCCGCCAAGGGCCAAUGUGAAGUUGGAGUGGAGGGUUGCAAAGAUGGAAACUCGAGAAUUUGGGGAUAUGAGAGUGGGCAGGGAUGGAGGGGUUUGAUUAUGAGAGGAAGGAAAGCUUACACACUUGCUCCUCAAGUUUUUUCUCGUCCUUUGGUGACGCAGCGGGGCAAAAAGUACGAUGAUUUCAUGAUGGAUGAUCGGAUCACGUGCUCAGUCGUCAAAGGAAGGUCGGAACAAGAGCCGAUGUACCGUAACCAACGAAACAGAUUGUAUCUCGUCGGUACCGAACAAAGGUUAGAGGCUCCGAGACUUAUUGGAUCAUACAAUGGCCAAAUCAAGAGGAUGAUGAGGGUGAAAUGCAUAGAAAUGACGACAGAUGGUCUCUCGGUUUUGUUUUUAGUCGGAUUAUGGAUCGAUCGUCUGUCUCGGAGAUCGGGGAUCGGGAAAGAUGAAGCGCGUUAUCCCGAAAGACCGAAAAUCAGGAGAAGGAUUGAUAAAGGUCAAAGACCUAUGUACAGUAAAUUGGAUGAAUGGGGUAAUGGGGUAUGA